UCGUAGUUGAUUGCACAGUAAUUGUUCAUUUUGGCCAGCAGUUGUGAUUCCGAAACGAUCGCUUCACGAGCACAUCAGAUAAAUUUUAGGAUGUCUGGAACACACCUAAUAAUGCCAAACCCUUGGAGCGAUAAAAACACGGCUCUUGUUGAGAAACAAUUAGUCUACAAGGAUCAAGAAGAGUUCGCUAAUCAACUUAUGAAAAUUGCGGGGAACGAACUCAGAGAGGAUGAAAAAACACGGAAACAAUGCUUGGAACAGCUCAGGGAGUGGAUAAGGAAAAAUCAGGACAUUGAAAACUGCCGUACUGAUGACAGAUUUCUUCUCCGUUUCUUACGAGUGAAGAAGUACAGUAUACACAUGGCUGAGCAAACCCUUUUGAAGUACUUAAACUUCAGGAAAAGGUUUAAAGAGUUUAUGUACGGUCUGGAUCAUCUUAAAAGCCCCCUCAUUAGCAAUGGUUAUAUUUUUGUGAGCCCGUUCCGGGAUGCUAAUGGGAGGAGAGUAAUUAUUUAUAAUGUAAGUAAAGUCGAUCCGCAUCAAUUUACCGGAACGGAUGUUGGCUUAGCUCAUGCCAUUACUUACGAGACUCUUUUGGCGGAUGAAGACAACCAGAUUGCUGGGGUUAACCAUGUUUGUGAUGCCGAUGGCCUAAGUGCUGCGUUUCUCACUCUGUGGUCCAUCACAGAGUUUGCAACGAUUAUUCGUUGGGGGGAGCAAUCACUGCCGAUGAGGCACAAGGAAAUCAAUCUUUUAAACUUCCCGUCAGCCCUUAAGUACGUCUACGACUUUGUUCACUCCACAAUUAAGAGUGAAAAAUUGAAAAACAGGAUUAUGAUUCAUGGCUCGUUAACCGAGCUGCAUAAUAAAGUGGAUAAAAGGUGUCUACCCUUGGAAUUGGGCGGUGUUAUGCCGGCGAAAGAAAUGGCAGAAUUGUGGAAGAAAGAAUUAGCUGCGAAAAGAGAGCUUCUCUUAUCUUACGACGCAAUGAAUUUGUUGAGUGACAGAGGUAUAAUAUGCAGGCGAAAUUUACCUAAUGAGGAUAAUACCGGCGUUGGGAGUCUUCCUGGAAGUUUUCGAAAACUUGAAGUUGAUUAAGUUUGUUUAAGUUUAACUUUAUUUUUUGUUUGUUUUAGAGUAGCAGUAGUUUGUUAAUUUUAAGUUGUUUCAUUGUUAAGUGAAAACACACCACUCAAAUCAUCACAAAACUGUAGAAGUUUCAUAGUUUCUUGUGCAAUAAGAGACAAUUUUAUUCAUUAUCUAGUAUGUAAUUUUAAUUGUUACUUUAGUUUUCAAAAAAACACUUUUUUCUCAGUCAUGAAA